AUGGGCGAGGCUGAGUACCAAGAGGCCGCACCCAUUCCCGGAAUCGAACGCAAUACCCACAACGUAUUUCGCUAUCGUGCCCUAGAGCGCUCGACGACCUUCAGAGUACUACACCUUCACCCAGGGAGAGAAGCCGAGCCUUUAAGAGGCGAACUGGGGCACUUCGAUCUUGACUCACCGGACCCACUAUCAUACGAGGCCCUGUCCUAUGUCUGGGGGAAGCCAAAGUACGAACGCUGCCUGACAACUACCGAUGGCAUAAUACUCCUAACGCCAAAUCUGGAGGUGGCACUUAAACGACUUCGACGACCUGAUCAAACGCGAUACGUCUGGGCGGACGGCGUGUGUAUCAAUCAGAGCGAUAUUCAAGAACGGGGACACCAGGUUAAGCUUAUGAAGAGUAUAUACUCUGCGUCCAAGCGCGUCAUUGUGUGGUUAGGUCCG